AACCGAAGACCGCCGGUGUUCCAGUUUAACUGGCGGGCAUGGCUUCUGGCGACAUUCCAGAUGUUGAGGCUGUUUUUUAAGAGCCGGUGGCAGAUUCGUCAUUUUCACAAAGCGCCUGUGUGUGAAGUGCGGUGAUCUACUGAAGGACUUGCUGAAAUAAAAAUCCUACAAAAACCCUUCACGAGUUCAUGUGUCCGUGUCAGCAUCACGUUGAGACCGCAAUAAGCAUUUAAAUGGUAAAAAAAAAAAAAAAUUUGUAAAAAAAACCUUGAACGGGAUUCGAAACAACAAGCUGAAACACUAUAAGCGUCUAGCCUGAUGACGAUCUCACUACGCCACCGAGUCGCUGAAAUUUGCAUCGCGCGUUAGAUAAAUGUCUCGUUCUUUGCUUUGUCAGCUGUAUAUCACCAGAUGUGCUUUAAGGUAACGCCCAUGUCAUCUGGUGAUAGUCCGAACACAGAAUAAACGCUUUAAACGUAAUACCAGGCUUUACAAAUCUGACGCUCCUCUUCAUAGGAGACACAGGGAGCAUUGAAGAACACACACGCGUCACCAGCUCCACUCGAAGUGCUUUUGUGUGUCGCUGGUGAUCAUUACAACACGCACACACCAAACAACAGGUACAUGUAAACAUCCCUCACAUCAACAAGGCGGAAGCUCGAGCGGUGUUUUCAUGAGUUAAGUUGGUGAACGUGCUUCUAAUGGACGUGUGGAGCCUCACGUGUCCUCCUGUGGCUGCUGGUUGAAGUCAGCGGACGGGAUUUUAAAAGAUGUUCUCGUUGUUGUCGAUGAUCAGGUUCUGCCAUCGGAGAAUGAAAACAAGCCAAACGCACAUCACAGAACGGGUGUGUUGGUUUUUCGUAGCUUCUGUAAGUCAAGUGUUGUUUAUCUGUGUGAAAUCAACAGAUGAUCUGUCCGAAGUGUGUCGAGUGUGUUGUCAACAUGACACAUGUGUGACGAGGCUAAAUAUAAAUGUGAAAAAAUCCCACCACGGGAAUCGAUCUGCUGUGGUCCACAUAAAAAUAAACGUAGUGGCAAUGGCACUGUCCACUGUACCACUGAUAAGGUUACAGAUGAUAGAUUCACCUGUAUGCCUUUAUCACUGUGAAGCCUGUGCACGACUUAACAUGAGUUAUUGUUUCAGGGAACACGCCCAGGUUAACUUGUGACAGUCAAAAUGUAACCGUAAACUCAGAGUUAUCGGUCACACGUCACACAUUUGGACACCGCUGCGCCCGUGUGCUUAGCACACGCACGACAUCAUGAAAAACGGCUGUAUCCUGCACUCAUACAAAGCAGAAGCCACAAAAGAGUUUGCGUGCUUACUAUAAGUCUGCGUUUCAUGUGCUCGUUGAUAUCAUGGUUGGUAUGAAGCAAGUAUACAAACACGAGUAAUGAGAGGCUCGUAAGAGCUUGUAGUCGGGAAAAAAUACUAGUAUCAUGGUUUGGGGUAAGGUCUUUUAUUGAGUGUCUAAAUGCAACACAGACAUCUGCGCACUCAUCUUCACGAAGUUCAAACUACCAUGGCACUUCAAAAGUCGCUGUAGAGACUACCAAUGUAUGUCCAGAUAACCUUUAUGGUAAGUAAUAGCCACACCUUUUAAGAUUUGUUUGGGUCAUCUGUUACUUAUCUCCGUUUCCUCAUCAGACACAGGUGGAAAUUCCAACACAAUACAAAUACUAUUAAAUUAAACUGUAAGUAAGGAAUACAUGGCCAAGAGGUUUUAUAAAGGCUCCCCAGCUUAUGUUCACCAGUUAACAUAUUAGCACAUCACAAACAUUUUAAUCUAAUACAAAUGCCAUCCAUUUCAGUGGCGGUUUGGGGCACGGGCGAAACGGGCAGCCGCCCGCGGCGGCACAUUCAUCAUCUGGCCCGCUUCGCGGUUCUCUCUGGCCCGCGAAGCGGUUCUCUAUUAUCUAUCAUAUCAUAUGAUAGAUAAUAGAGAACGCUAUUAUCUGUGGUUUAUUUAUUUUUUAAAUAAAUCAUAGACCUGCCCGGUUCAAUCGUGCCCAAAACCGCCACUGACUUUGAUACUAAUUUGACACCUGUGUGAAACGUUUGGCUAAUCAUGAUUAUACAAGCCCUGGAAAAAUAAUUAGGAACGUAAUUUCACACACGCUCAAUCAAAGUCACCUGUUGGUGGCAAAGCCUACAUAUAUGUGUUUUCAGCUUACAUGAUUUGUAGCGAGUAAGGAGAUCCAGAGAGAGACAGCGAGAGAAAGAAAGACAGAGAAUUACAAAUAGCUUUAGAGAAUUGAGAGAGAAAGUGAUAGAGUUUGGUAGAUUGUUGAGGCAAGGUUAAAGUAUUUAGUUAAAGUAUUUAGAGUAUUUACAGCAGGGAUAGUAUAGACACAUAUUGCAGAUAUAGGAUAGAUUAUUGUAGAUAUUAGAUAUAGGAUAGAUUUGAGUAGCAAUAGGCAUAAAUUAGCACAGGGUAAUAUUCAGAUUAGUAACAGUUUAGUCAGGGACACAUAGUUAGAUAGUUAGAAUGGACCGUAAAAUGGUCAGGGAAAUUGAAGACUUCCUGAGGCAUAAUGCCUAUCCUUUAGGUUUAUCCUCCAAAGAGCGGUAUACCAUAAAGAGGAGAUGUGAAAAUUACAUCUUCAAGGGUAAGUAGUGGCCUUGUCUUUCCAAACAAUAAGGCACUGAUGUGGAGUUACUAAUAUCAUCAUGGCCCUCAGAUGGGCAGCUUUACUAUGUAUGCCGUAGAAGGAAGCAGGGCGAGUAUCUCGCCAAAGUAGUUACGUCACCAGAGGAGGCAAACGAUGUGUUUGUGGCCUUCCAUGCGAGCGAGCAUGGAGGCCAUUGCGGGAUGGAGAAAACACAGGAUGCCAUUUCCUUGCGUUAUUACUGGCCUGGGAUGGAAGAGGACAUAAGGAAAUGGGUAUUGGAGUGUCCUCCCUGCCAGGCCAAAAGGAAUGUCCUCAAAAUAAAGAAGGCUUAUGUUCCAAUUGAGGUAACUGAGCCACUUGAGCUUGUUGGGAUGGAUCUGGUUGGAAAACUGACACCGACCAAAAAUGGCCACCAGUACAUUUGUGUCAUGAUUGACUACUUUACCAAAUGGACAGAGGCCUAUCCAUUGAAGACCAAAUGUGCUGCUGAGGUGACAGACUGCAUUAUGGACUUCUUUUAUAAGUUUGGUGCUCCAAAAAGGCUUCUCACGGACCAAGGAAGAGAAUUUGUUAAUACGCUCAACUAUAAUGUCUGUGAGAAGCUUGGCAUUAAGAGAAGUCUCUGCUCUCCCUACCACCCCCAGACCAACGGCUUGGUGGAAAAAAUGAACGGAACUAUUCAGAGGACCUUGACCAAAUUGGUGGGGGAAAAGCCAAACACCUGGGAUGGCCACCUCCAAGCAACCCUUUUUGCUUUAAGGACGAAGAAGCAAUUAACCACCAGAUACUCCCCCUUUUUCCUCAUGUUUGGACGUGAGGCCAGGUACCCUACGGAGGUUCCCGAGGAGUAUUUGGUGACAAAUGAUGGUGUGGAGGCUCUUAUUGCCCAGGAGACCCAACCUGUUGGAAUGAAGAGCCUCCCUGCCCACUACAGAAGGGCUCAAGCCAACAUGGGGAAAGUGAGGGAAAAGAUCAAGAGAAAGAGAGAGGAGAUUGGUCAUGACGACCAUUUUAAAGUUGGCCAAAAGGUGAUGAGGGCAAACAUACGCCAGGAGCAGAGAAAGGGGGGGAAAAUGGAGACCUCCAUGCUCGGCCCCUUCACGAUCGUGAAAUUGGAGGGGAAAAGCGCGGAUCUAGUCACGCCGAAAAGUAAAGUGAUUCAUAAAGUCAACAUUGACCAAUUAAGCCCAUAUAUUGAGCCUACGCCGCGCAUCCCCCACAAAUGGAUCACCGAAUCCGCAAUGUCCCUCUCACCCUCAUCUCAAGUCGCCUCAACCUCAGCUCCAGCACCCUCAGUUCCAGUCCUGUCCCCCUCAUCUCAAGUCGCCUCAACCUCAGCUCCAGCACCCUCAGUUCCAGUCCCGUCCCCCUCAUCUCCAGUGGCCUCACCCUCAUCUCCAGCCCCAUCAUCUCCAGCCCUGUCACCCUCAUCUCCAGCCGCCUCACCGUCACCCCCAUCUGCAACAGUGUGUGUCCCUUCAGACAUUUUGGAAACAGUGGUACACAACAUUUGGGCUGGGAAAAAGCCGGAGGUGUUGUGGAGCAAAGCAGGCCCUUACAAACUGUUUACACGGAACCUCCAGGAACACCUUCGUCCAGAUGCACUUGUGGAAAGUGAAAUCAUCAAUGCAUACCUAACGAUUGCGCUGAGUAAUUUCUCAGAGGCAGGCAGAGGCAGGGGAUAUCUACUUGACUCCUUCCAAAUGACGGACAUUUGGAGAGGUAAAAAUAAAGGACUGAGGAAGAUAGAUCCCCUGGAUUAUGAUGUCCUGAUUGGAGCUGUCUGCGAGCACCAUCACUGGACACUAACUGUGAUGUAUCCUAAAAAGAGGCAGUCCCUUUAUGUUGAUCCGUUUGGGGCUAGCGAGGAAGCAUUAAAAAAAUGCAGUGCAGUAACCAGGGCUUUCAUGAGGCAGCGGGGCCACAACUGCUCACGCUGGUCCAGUCAAACAGUACCACACGCUCGACAAGUUGAUGCAACCUCAUGUGGUGUUAUUGUGUGUAAAUUAGCAGACAUGAUUCUUAAUGAAGAGGACAUGGAGGACGUUUUUGACAAGACUUCCAUUUUAAGGAUGAGGUUGCAGAUAGGCAAACGGCUGAUCAAAGAAACAGAUGAUUUGACCAACCUAUGCCGAGCGUGUGGCUCAUAUGACACAGAUGUGCAAUGGAUUGCUUGCACACCUUGUGAUCAAUGGUUCCACAGAAGCUGUGUUGGGCAACCACCUGUGGAGGCACCUUUUUAUUGCCCAUUGUGUAUUUAAACCUGUUUACUAGUAUUUAUUUUUAACCGGCUCCUUGCUUUUAAGGUAGCUUGAUUGAUUGAUAAAAUGUCAGACAUGUUUACCCUCAUCAAUGCUGCUGAAAACUUUAAUGUUGAUGAUGUUCUCCUACACUUGACAUCUAUUGCGCUUAUGUCCGUCCUGGGAGACGGAUCCUCACAUGUGUCUCUGAGGUUUCUACGUAUUUUUACCCUGUUAAAAGGGUUUUUAGUAGUUUUUCAUUACUCUUGUUGAGGGUUAAGGACAGAGGAUGUCACAUCAUGUUAAAGCCCUAUGAGACAAAUUGUGAUUUGUGAAUAUGGGCUAUACAAAUAAAAUGUGAUUGAUUGAUGAAAGUGAAGAUGAGUGCGCAGAUGUCUGUGUUGCAUUUAGACACUCAAUAAAAGACCUUACCCCAAACCAUGAUACUAGUAUUUUUUCCCGACUACAAGCUCUUACGAGCCUCUCAUUACUCGUGUUUGUAUACUUGCUUCAUACCAACCAUGAUAUCAACGAGCACAUGAAACGCAGACUUA